UCCUCUAUGACCGAAGUGCAGAAUAAACCCAAAGCUUCCCGCUAAAAUAGAUGCAUGGCAAUGACAAUAAGCAUGCCCGCACCUGAUUCCUUAUGAUGAGUCGCACAGCAAGUAUGGUGGACGCUUGUGCAUCUGGAUACCUCUCAAAUUCCCGGUCCCGGAAUAAUCGUCUGGAUGAACACGUCAGGCUCCGAUUAUCUUGCUUGGCAUGCCACGUGAGUUCCUCACUGGAUCCUAUAAAUACCUCCUCGGGCCACGUCAAAAAGGUCAUCCCGAAGUGCAAUUGCGGACUGAGAAGGACUUCUGGUUCGGUGCAAUUACAGGAGGUCAAUCCUUUACCACUUUCCAGCCACUAGGGUCAUACACAGCCUCGCCCACUGUGAAGUGUGAAUCAGUGCUUCCGACUUCCCUUCAGCUCUCACCUCUCACCCUGCAACUCACCGCAGCCCUUGGCCUUUGCUGCCCUGCAACUCACCGCUCACCUCCACUUCCUUUCAGCUCUCACCUCUCACCCUGCAACUCACCGCAGCCCUUGGCCCUUGCUGCCCAACAACUCACCGCUCACCUCCAGCUGAGCUCCAAGGCUGCUGCUGGGUCGUUUCAGCCAACCUCUCACCAUGGCGGGGACUCCAAAUACCCGCAGGGACCUAUUAUUCCCCGCGGGGAACUAUUAUUCCCUACGGGGAUGGGAACGAAGGCAAUUUUUAACCCUCCGCCAAAAAUUCCCGCGAGAAUCCCCGUACCCGCCAUUGACGGGGAUGGAGAUGGGAAGGGGUCCCCGCCCCCAUGGGGAUCCUUACUUUCCAACCACUUGGGUUAUACACAGUCUCGGUGAUAUUAUAUUCCAAACGGUUUUCUAUUUGUAGUUAAGAGUGAGUGCGCCCAGUCACAGCGCAGUCAUUCUCAGACAAUUGUUUACUCCGUGCAAUAGUAAUAAUAAUAAUUUUUUAAU